AGCAACUUUCUGCAAGUGAAAUCCAGAAAGACUCCGAUUUGAUGCUUGUUGCUGCGCAAACAAGAAUAUAAUCUAGUAAUGGAGUUUCAUUACCGUGUUCUACUUCUUCUUCUUCUUCUUCUUCUUCUCUGCGUGCUUACAUUCAUGAAUUUUGACAUUGCUGAAUCUGCUAACUGCUACAGUACUGGGAACUUCACCGUAAACGGUAUGUAUGGCAGGGACCGCGACCUCGCUCCCUCUUCUUUAGCCUCUAAUACCUCAGAAAAUGGUGGUUUCUACAAUACCACCGUUGGUAAAGAUCCCAAUAAGAUUUCAUCACCAACUGUCCAAACCAAAAAGAAGCAGUUUCAAUGGAAGACAGAACGAUACACAAUGCAAACCGUUGCUUCUUCGGAAAUCUUGAGCUAUCUCCGAAAGUUUCAAUUCACUAAUACAGAUGACCUCACCGUAAAUUUGGCACAGUUUGAUCAGAUUUGGGAGAGGUUAAUGGAUGGUUUAGUGAGAAAUGCUUCUGCUGUAACUUCUAGACUUAAGUUUGCCACAGGAGAAACAAAGUUAACAAAAUUUCAAACAAAUUUUGCCCUUAUACAAUGCACUUCUGAUUUAUCACAAUGGGAUUGUGAUUUCGGCCUGAGGCAAUCCAUUUUGCAGAAAACAGGCAAAUUGCUACACACUGUUAUAAUUGUUGUUGUUGUUUCAACCACUGGUUUCAUGGCAAUUCUUGCCAUCACUUGUUCCCUUCUCCGAAAGAGAUGGAAGUCAAAGCAGGAAGUUAAGGGUGUGGAUGAAAGUAUUAGUGCUGAGUCCAUGCGAUUUGACUUCGGUACAAUAAGGGUUGCCACUGAUAACUUUUCCAACCAGAACAAGCUACGAUGAGGUGGAUUUGGUGUUGUUUAUAAGGUAUCUCCACCUAUUCUAUUAUGUGUUUACGUACUUUUCCCUUAUGCUUAUAAAUAGUUUAUAACCCAAGACAGUUUUUCUUUUGUUAAUACCCUACAGUUGAAAAGCCUUCAUCCUAUCACAGGAAUUUGGUUAAACUCCUAGGUUUUUGCUUGGAAGGGAAAGAAAGGUUUCUCAUCUAUGAGUUUGUUCCCAACUCAAGCCUUGAUCACUUUAUAUUCCGGCCGUUCUCUCUUCUUUUCACCUUAAGAAUUAAUUCUUGUUCGUUUU